AUGAAAACACCUCUUCAUAUACCUGUUCUACUUGACCACGUUCUAAAAAUUUUAUGUCAUACUGAAAAACAAAUUUUUUUGGAUUUAACUUUUGGGGCUGGUGGUCAUACAAAAGGUCUAUUAAAUUGUAAUGGAAACUCAAUAGCGUAUGUACUUGAUCGUGAUCAAAAUUCAAUUGAAUUGGCUCGUGAAAUGGCUAAAGAGUAUCCAAACCGAUUAUUUCCAUUUCAUGGUCAAUUUAGUGAAUUGAAAAACAUAUUUAAGCAUAAACAAAACUUUUUUGAUGGAAUCCUAUUAGAUGCUGGUACAAGUACAAUGCAGUUAAAUGAUGCAAAGCGUGGUUUCAGUUUUCGGCAUGAUGGUCCAUUAGAUAUGCGAAUGAAUACGAAAUCGAAAUCAAUUAAUGCUUAUGAUCUUGUCAAUAGAUUAGAUGAAACAGCAUUAAGUCGAAUUAUUCGUUUAUACGGUGAAGAUCAACGUCAUCGAAAAAUAGCUCGGUGUAUUUACCAAUGGCGUUCUACAUUUGGUUCCAUUUCAACAACAACACAAUUGGCUAAUGUAAUCAAAGUAGGCCUAGGAGGAAGUGCAUCAGAUGUCGAUAAACUUAACCGUCCAAUUCAUCCAGCAACAAAAACAUUUCAAGCAUUAAGAAUUGUUGUUAAUGAUGAACUUAAUGAACUUUACAAUGGUCUUGAGCAAGCCUAUACAUUGCUCAAGCCCGGUGGUACAUUAUUAUGUAUUAGUUUUCAUUCAUUAGAAGAUCGUAUAAUAAAAAGACACUUUCAAGGCAUUGUUUUACAUGCCGAUAACGUAUCAUCCAAUCUUGAUGAAAAAUCACUAUCUGUUCAAGCUGAAAACCAAGUACGAUAUCAUCUACAAACAAAAAAAAUUACUGAAGCAGAUGAUAAUGAACUUGAUGGAAAUCCAAAAGCAAGAUCGGCUAAAUUAAGAUAUGGAAUUAAAAUUUGA